CGGCUCUUAUACUGCUACCUGCUACUCGUUCUUUACCUUUGUCUCAUUAACCAAGGUUUUGCUCUACUCUGAGCUCACUUGACCUUCUUUCUGCCUAUUCGGCUAUAAACGGACCUGACUCGUCCCUUUCAGGACGCUAAAUUGCCAUAGAAGUUAGAUUAGAAGAACCAAAGUCAAAAAAACUCUGGGCCAGCACCUUGCCAUACCCGCACAGCCAGAGACAUAGCUAGUUUCGACGUCUCUACGAAACGAAGGCAUAUAAAGAGAGCCCACGCUAUGUCGUCCUCUCCAUCUAACUCUCGAGAUCCUUCACCACCAGACUCGUCUGACAGCCUGUCUGACCAUUCGACGAUGCCCUCGGCAGGCCCACUGACUCCGUCAAACUUGCAUCAGAACAGCAUCGAUCCUGCUGCAACAUGGAUUGUGCAGAAGUAUGGAGGGACAAGCGUCGGGAAAUUCGCGGAAAAAAUCGCUGCAGAAAUCGUACCAACAUAUCUGGAUCAACAUAAGGUUGCUAUUGUAUGUUCUGCACGUUCGGGCUCCACGAAGGCUUUGGGUACGACGAAUCUCUUAUUGCGUGCCGCUUCGGAGGCACUGCAACGUAGUCAAAACUCGCCAUUGAGUGCUUCUGGUAUCUCGUCCCCUCAAUUGCCCGUCACAGUGGCAGGAAUCGCCCAUAACAAAGGUUUCCUACCACGAAGCGACAGUAUAAGCGGGAUGAAUGGCAUGAUAAACGGCAGUGUACCUCGUGCGCGCGCGGAGGUUCCAAGCCCAGGUUCUCCACGCUCGAGUUCCCCUUCACCCUUCUCAGCAUUGAACAUGACUAGCAUUUCGAAAGUACAGAACGGAAGCAAUUCUCCAGCAAGUUUUACAUCGCAACCAUUCCAAGCUACAGUGGAUAUACUUCGAUCAGAUCAUCUUGCCGCUGCCCAAGCCUCAGUGCGAGAUCCUGAGCUACUUAAAGAGUUGGAGGCGGAAAUUGACCGAGAUUGCGAGGGACUGAGGAGCUUUCUGUUUGCUGCACAGAUUAUUGACGAGAUUUCACCUCGCUCACGGGACAAUAUCGUCGGGGUCGGAGAGCGUUUGGCCUGUAAGCUUGUUGCUGCAGUACUACGGGACCGGGGCAUCGAUUCUGAAUAUGUCUCUCUGGAGAAUAUUGUACCUGUAGAAGACACCGAUGAAGGAGAUGGUGAACGGGUUUCAGAUUCAGAAUUCACCACUCUAGGUCAAUCUUUCUAUGAUCGAGUCGCUGAGGCAGUUGGUGCGCGUAUACGACAAUGCGGGAGCCGUGUACCCGUAAUCACUGGCUUCUUUGGUCCAGUUCCUGGUUCGUUGCUACGCCAGGUUGGGCGGGGAUACACAGACCUUCUCUCCGCGCUUGCGGCAGUCGGUUUGCAAGCAUCAGAACUUCAGAUCUGGAAAGAAGUCGACGGUAUUUUUACAGCUGAUCCUCGAAAGGUACACACAGCGCGAUUGAUCCCUAUCAUCUCACCGGACGAAGCAGCGGAGUUGACGUACUACGGCAGUGAAGUUGUCCACCCGUUCACAAUGGAACAGGUCAUCCGAAGGAAAAUCCCCAUCCGCAUAAAAAAUGUCGAGAAUCCUCUCGGUAGUGGAACGGUCAUACAUCCCGAUCCUAACGUAGACGCGUCUUCGUUGCAGCUGGAAAGCAAUGCCUUCGAAUUUGUUCCAUCUGGGCAGAUGUUUGAAAAUCGCAAGAAGCUACCGACGGCAGUAACGAUCAAAGAGCGUAUUACAGUGCUGAACGUGCAUUCCAACAGGAAAAGCGUCUCCCACGGCUUCUUCGCCCGCAUAUUCGGUACCCUUGACCGUUUCGGGGUUGUAGUCGACUUGAUUAGCACCAGUGAGGUACAUGUCAGUAUGGCUAUCGAGAAUAACUUGGGCAAACGUAUGAUGGAUCGACUGGUAAGGGAACUGGAAAAGAGUGGGUCUGUCUCUGUGACACCUGACAUGGCUAUUCUUUCGCUCGUCGGGAAACAGCAACGUAAUUUAGUCGGUAUUUCUGGUCGUAUGUUCUCAUCCCUCGCCGAGGGCAAUAUCAACAUUGAGAUGAUCAGCCAAGGCGCGUCUGAGAUAAAUAUAUCUUGCGUUAUCGACGGCAGAGACGCAGUAAAGGCGCUCAACCUCAUUCAUCAGAGCUGCCUUCAGAUCAAGCCCGAGGGUGCCAUGGGCAGGAUGGGCCCUUGGUUAUUCUGAUUUAUCUCUUGAUAAAAGAAAAUUCCGCUUCUUGAGCUUCCAACAAGUCCAAGAAAUGUGAUACGGAGAUCUUGGAUAGAUUUGACGCAUUUGUAGAUUAUCCCCAAGGCGAUCCAACUCGCGCCUCAAAAGCUGUAUUCAUACCAAUGUAUUGUGUUUUUCUAGCUAGAGAACUGCAUUGACGGCACAAG